ACUCUAAACUCGGCCAAACUCGACACACUUCAGUCUCCUUUUUAUUUUUUCACUUGUACUCUUUACUUUCCAGUAUUCUUGCUUUCUUUGAAAACGCCGUCGCUGCUUCUGAUCGCGCAUUCAACACGGAGGUUUGCGCAAUCUGCCAUUCGCACUCUGGCCAACAGCACGCUUCCACCCACUCUCCCACCUUCAUUCAAACCCUACAGCAUCACCACCACCACAACCACAACUAACAGCAGCAGAAUGUCGACCAGCACCGCAGCAGCAGCAUCGGCAGUCCUCGCCGUCCAAGCACUCAGCAUGCCGUGGGCGACCCUCGACCCGUUCCUCUUCUGCGUCCACCACGACGACAAGUACCCUGCUGGGAACGCCUCGUUUGGCUUCGACCCUGCCGCACUGCGCGGGCGCAACAUUGGCUCAGACUUUAGCGGACGCGACGGCUGGAGCAUGUACCACGGCGAGCAGGGCGUCCCCGGGUUCCCAGGCCACCCGCACAAGGGCUUCGAGACCAUCACCAUUGUGCGCAAGGGUCGCAUUGACCACUCGGACUCGCUCGGGGCAAGCGCUCGCUUUGGCGGCGGCGACGUCCAAUGGCUCACUGCCGGCGGUGGCAUUGUCCACUCUGAAAUGUUCCCCAUGCUCAACGCGACGGGCAGCAACCACCUCGAGCUCUUCCAGAUCUGGCUAAACCUGCCUGCAAAGUCAAAGAACGUCCCGCCGCACUUUACCAUGUUCUGGGCAGAGUCCAUCCCGAGCUUGACGCUUCGCGACGACGCCGGCAAGGUCACCACUCACGUGUCCGUGAUUGCCGGCGCGCUGGAAGGCGCAAGUGCACCGCUGGCACCGCCACCGCACUCGUGGGCGGCGGAUGCUGGCAACGACGUCGCGGUCUGGACAAUCAAGAUCGCUCCGGGUGCGUCGUGGACCCUCCCUGCUGCCGCGCACGCCAACACCAACCGCCGAUUGUUCUUUUUCAGCGGUCGGCGACUCGUCGUGGACACUCGGACGCUUGAAAAGCCCGUUGCAUGCGACUUGCGCGCGUCUGCAUCUGUCGUGCUCCAGAACACGGGCGACACGGAGGUCGAGUGCCUGCUUCUACAAGGGCGAGCUCAGAACGAGCCAACCGUCCAGCACGGACCGUUCGUCAUGAACACACACGCCGAAAUCUCCCAGGCAAUGCAAGAUUAUCGUCGAACACGCUUUGGCGGCUGGCCCUGGCCAUCCGACGGCCCUGUGCAUGGCAGCGAUCCUGCGCGUUUUGCUCGCUUCCCCGAUGGCCGCGAGGAACGACCCCAGCAGCAAUAGCUGAAGCGAGAGCGAUAUUGACUGGACAGUGCAUGCAAUACAAUACAAUACAAUGCAAUACAAUACAAUACAAUGCAAUACCA